UUCCUUUCUUCCUGCUCGGAUCUUUCCCCGCUCUUUCACUUUUUCGCGGACUUUUUGCCGGCCUGGAGACUCACCGCGUCUCAGCCACACACACACAGCAGCUCGCUGGAAACAACGACGAAUGAAUUUCCGGAAUUUCUCGAUCGAAAAACCGGUCUGUCUGUGUGUCUGCACGUCCUCGUUCAUCGCCACAGCCGCCACUUUUGCCUUUGGAUUUUUGCCAGCAAAUUUGCACAAGAGGUAUGGACGCGCGCCUCGGACGUGUGGAUGUCUGCUUGCAGAGACUUUUUUCUGUCUUUUCACGCGUCUCUCCUCUUCGCUCUUUGUCCGUUUGCUUCCCUCACAAGUUCAGUCUUUCUCUCGCCUUCCCUUCCCUUUCUGUGAUGUUCGAGCUCCCACUGUGGAGCGACUCUUCGCGGAAACCGACCCAGUUUUGCGUCCAGACUUCGUCUCUUGAUUCGUUUUCUUUACGCGCUUGGAGUCCCCGCCUCUCUGCUUUCCGAGUUUCAAUACGAACUUUCACUCGAAGUCGUCGCCUCUGCUCCACACUCCUCACACUGGCAUGAGACGCCGUCCCUUUCGUUUUUCAUCUUUUCUUUUCUGCAUCUCUUCUCGUACGACACCUGAUCUGCUUUCUUGUUCGCGACUUUGCUCUUUAUUUUCAGUCUCUUCUCAUUCCCCUCCUCGCCCCCUGCAUUUGCUUCGUCUGCCUCUGCUCACGCUGUCUGAUAAACUCCCUCUUUCCGGUCUUACGCAACCGGCAUCCCCCGGCAUACAUUCUCUUGCAUCCUUCGACACAUGCGCCCACAUAUUUAUGUAUAUUUUCACAUGUAAAUAAUGAUACAGACAUAUUCCUACUUUGUAGGCAUGUUGGAGAAGGCCUCUCUCUCUGCCCUCUGAGAGCGGCUCCACAGGUCCGUCUUUCUUGCCUGAAAACCUGGUCAAGAGUUGAUUCUUUGUCCUCUUCGUCCUCCGACAACCUUGCACCCCAACGCGCUGCAGGGUCUGCAUGCUCGGGGGUCGAUGGCGCCUUCUUUUCCAGAAGCAAACAGCGACGGAGGAGGAACUAGAGGCGAGGGGAAUCCCGCGCUAAACAUUCCAGGCCAAGGCAGAACUGAUGGAGGCAGGAUGCCUCGCAGCGGCUCUUCGACGCCUCAGCCUCUGUUGUCUUGCGCUCCCGCAAGUCUAGCAGCUUCCCCACAGUGUUCGAGAAGCCCCUUAGCUUCUUCGCUCUCGUCUCCCCGCAGCAUGCGUCCAUUUGAUGAAUUUUCUCCGGCCUUGACCCCUCGACGAGGAUACAUCGAGUCACCCUACCAAAGCAGCUUCCUCGCCACUUCUUCUUCUUCUUCUUCUUCUUCUUCUUCUUCUUCUUCUUCUUCUUCUUCUUCUUCUUCUUCUUCUUCUUCUUCUUCUUCUUCUUCUUCUUCUUCUUCUUCUUCUUCUUCUUCUUCUUCUUCUUCUUCUUCUUCUUCUUCUUCUUCUUCUUCUUCUUCUUCUUCUUCUUCUUCUUCUUCUUCUUCUUCUUCUUCUCUCUCUUCCUCUGCGUCCUCUGCGUCUUGCUCGUCGGUUUUCGCUCGCUCUCCGGCUGUGCGUGGGGAGGUUUUCGAGCCUCAGCGAGCGCGCGCGACGGAGACUGAGGCCGAGGCGGAGAAGAGUUGCUUCGACGACGCAACAGUCCAUAUCGUGUACCCGCCUGAUCUGUUUGCUUCCGGCUUCCUUCCUAGGUUUUGGCGAGGUUCUCAAGCCGCUGCGCGAAGACGGUCGAGCUCCGGAGACACCGGGGGCGGUUCAGUCCCCCUCCCCGGGGCGGACGCGAGGGGACAGAGACUCUCUUGGGGACGGGUGAGCGCUGAAGGCCUCGACUGUUUCGACGGAGACGAGGACGAAACACUUGCCGUCUGCAAGUACUUGCUGGCGACGGGACAACUCGCAGACAUCCCCGAGUGGAGACCGCUGCAAGUCCUGCAGGGGCAAUUGCUGCAGCUCGCGGCCGUCAUUCUUCCUGGAGACACCGUUCUGGAGGCAGGACCUGUAGCUCUUGAAGAGUGGAUUCGAAAAUUCUCAACUCUCUCCGCCACUGUCGACCUCGUCGCCGCCGAGGCCAGGGGGACGAAUGCGAAAGCAGGAAAGACGAAGUCUUCCGCGCUUUCUUGCCAAUUCUGGGAGGCGCAGGCUUUCCCAAUCGACGCCCAGGAGUCGCUGAGCGUCGAAGUCACUCCGUACACCUACGAAGUUGUCCAGAGCACACAGGGUGCGCCCUGCGCCGACGAAAGGAGACAUGUGUCUCCUCUGCUCCCCACAGUGUCUCCACCUUCUUUCAGCGAAGGGGUAGAUACACCACAAGCCUCUCUUACUGGCUGCGGUCGCCGUGAGGACCGGGGAGAGGCGAAGGACAGGGUGCAGAGGGCAGAAGAAGCGAGAAGAGAGGAUGGAGAAGAAGGAGCAGAACGAGGAGAAGAAGACAGAGGAGAAGAAGGACGGGUGACUCGCACUGACAGUUCAAUGCUCGGAAAGGCAGGACUGCCUGAGGAUGUUCUGAGACAAGUCAGCUCAGAGCGCUUUUGCUUCAUCGUCGACAUCAGGAUCCCGAUGACUGUCAACCCACAGUACCUGGGCAAGUCGCUUCUCCUCGAGCUGACUUUCUCCAUCGUGCCAGGCCCUCUGUCUUCUCUCUCGCCUGUCGAAGCCAUGCGGGAGUCGAUUCAGAUUCCCUUCAGUGCUUGGGCGGCGGCUCGCGGACUGAAUGCCGCCUCUGCGGUGUCUCUCCAGAGCGACUUGGCGGCGCCGACUCUCGACUUGCUGAACGUGCCAUUUUCGUCUUCGCUCACAGGCGCGCGGUUCGGCGCGUUCGCCAGAAGAGACCUGAACGACUCGGGGACCUCCGGCUGGUGGGCGCCUCCCGUCGGCGCAGGCGAGAGGCUCUCACAAGAAGACGGACUUGGAGACAGAGUAGGAAGGACGACGGAGAUUCUCGUUCAGUCCAUCGCGUCUCUCGCUUCCGGGGUUUCUGCUGCAAAGAACAAGAUGCAGAGCACCACCGUCGAACACCGCGUCCUUUGCCCCCUCAGUGUCCGCCGGCCUCUCCAAGUCACCACAGCUCUCAUGGAUUCCUUCAUGUAUGUCCAGAUCGAAAACACUACAGACGAUGUCCCUCUAACCAUUGAAAAUGUCAUCCUGAGAAGUGUGAACUCCCACACACAGGGAGAACUGCCUGUGACGCUGGAAGCUGGCGAGCAGUACAGCGUCCUCUUGCGCCUGGAAGAGUCUUUUCUCUCGCACCAAGCCCCGCGGUGGAACGCGACUCGCGACAUCUCUGAGGCUCGGGGACCCAAGUCUGGAGGCCAGCUGGGCAGAAGAGACACUCGACACACCCAGUCGGGGAAGACCGUGCUGCCUCUCUGUCUCAAAUGGAGCAUCGAAGACUCCUCGGGGCCGGCGGUAUGGUCUCAGUUCGGCGCCGAGUGCCAGCUGUCUACGCGGACGCCGCUGCAGGUGACGCUGAGUUGCUUCUCGGAGCCUCCAGGUUUGCAGACACUGGUGACAGCGGUUCUUUCUGUGGUAAACGGCGAGAACUUCGAAGUGGACUUGCUUGCGCUCUUGCCGCGAGACGUCCUCUUUGAGCAGACGCAGAGUCUCUACCACACGCCUGGCGAGAAUCGAGAACGGGAAGAAAACGCAGACGAACCGCCUGCCCUCAUUCCACUCAGCUCCAAAAAGGAUCUGGGACGCAUUGCGCCAGGCGGCAGUCAGUCCGUCUACCUCCAGUUUCUCGCGACGCGAAGUGGCGCGCAUCUUCUCCCUCCAAUUUUGCUUCUAGACAAAAGGAACAAUCGAAAGAUUCUAGCUCGAGGCGGUCAAGUCAUUGUUGCGCAAUAAAGAUUUCAUCUCAUCUUCCAGGUCGCGACUCCCUGUUUCCUCUCCCGUCUCUUCCUCUGGCCUUGUUCUUCUCUUUCGACUGUUCCGCUGCCUUCUUCUUCCGUCGUUUUUUGCUUCUUCUUCUCUGUUCCUUCUCUUUUCCCUGUCUGUAACAGCGUCCCUUUGUCUCCCUCCCGGGGUGUUCUGUCUUCCCCCUCUCGUUGUUGCCGCUACUGCGUCCUCCUUGGCCUUUUCGUUUCCUCUCCACUUUUUUCAUCUUUGCUCUAUCCGUUCGUCGGACGCCGUGGCGGUCUCGGGCAUCGAUCUUUGACUGUCGCGGCUUCACGAGAGCUGCUUUACCUCGUCAUUCUUUGAUGAGACCCGCUCUGAGUCUCGGAUUUCCUACGAUUAAAAACAACAGAACUGCCCGCGAGGAGGCGAAAAUGUGACUUUUCUGGGGCAAAGUGUCCGGCAGCUCCUUUGGGGUUCCACCUGGUAAAAAACGGAAGGAAAAUAAAGGAAUUUUCCUUCUGCCCCUAGAGGAAAGAGAAGAAAAUCGGAAACACCACCUGUCUCCUCUUCGCCAGGGGUACGAAUCUUCUGCUGGGACUCCUGACGUUUGUCGGAUUUCCUCAGUCAAGGACCUGGAUAAAGGGGCUUCAUGUCUGGUGUCUGUACACCGCAUACUUGUGGAGACACUUGGUGCGUCAGAAGAAACAGGAGUUCUGCGAAAAGUUGGACGACCUUUGAAACGAUCGACAUUUAGGACCGCCUGAGUGUACCGCCUCGUCAGAAGUCGGGGCAUCGCUGCGCACUGGUCGAGAAAACGAGAAAUCAAGAGACAAGAAAACACAGUGCCCUUUUCAUCGCCAUGCAGACACACGCUGCAUUAAGAAAAUGUGAAAAUGGAGAGUAAGACAAAACUCUCCCUGCUUUUUCCCUGAGUAGGUUCCUCUCCUCGGCGAUUGCUGCACAGAACUGAAAAUGCGCGUCUCAGCUCAAACUCACACAGCUUGCUUCCUGCUUGAAAAAAAUCGAAGACACUUGCAGCCCCGUGCCUGUCAGAGACGACAGCCUUGGUCUCCACGACUCUCAACUCUCCCCUUCGAGCGUCGCAGCUUCACUCCCUUCGUUCUUCCAUAUCCAAAGAGUCGUUCUAGAUUUGUGAUGCUACACACACCUUGCUCCUUGCAUCUUUCCACCUCUCGCCUCCUUUUUUUUCUCUUCACCUUGCUGUGUGACAACUCUGUGUACAUGCCAGUGCAUUGUUCUUUUUCCUCUCUCCUUCAUAUUCUUCUCUCUCCCUUCCCCUUUUUACAUGCUUCUCUCUCGGAGAGCAAGGGUCUCCCCGUUCUCUUCAUUCUUUGUCUCUCCUUGAACUGCUCUUUUCUUUUCAAAUGCCUCCAAUUCUCUCUCUCAACACACCCUCGCCCGGCCACUCUACUCUGCACCUCCGUGAUCCUCUCUCUUGUCUCCUCUUCGUUUUCGUCGGCGCGUAUCGUCAGGAAAAGCCUCGGUUUUGCAUUUCCCGCGCUGCGGCCGCCUCCUUCGUCUCGUAGAGCGCAUGCAAGGUGUGCGUCCGAACAGACACCUCUGGGGCGUACGUACAGCUGCGGCGGUCCCAGUUCGGCCCCGGUUCCUCGAGUUGGAAGCGCCCGGCGGUGAGGCGGAAGCGGAGGGAGUGUCGGAGAAUGCAUCUAAGGAACGCCAUGCCAUGCGAAGAGUUGAGGAUGUCUGCGAAGCCAUCGCGGGAGAUCAGACAGCCGCGCUGGUGCUCCGUGACCGUGAGCGCGAG